GCCGUGCGAGGGCGGUGGGCGAUCGCUGGAGUCGCGUCAUGUCCUCCGAGGUGGCCUCCCGCUGCGACGCCAAGAAGUUGGUGCGCUCGCCAAGCGGCCUGCGCAUGGUGCCCGAGCACCGCGCCUUCGGCAGCCCGUUCGGCCUGGAGGAGCCGCAGUGGGUCCCGGACAAGGAGUGUCCAAGGUGUAUGCAGUGUGAUGCCAAGUUUGACUUUCUCACCAGAAAGCACCACUGCCGCCGCUGCGGGAAGUGCUUCUGCGACAAGUGCUGCGGCCAGAAGGUGGCGCUGCCGCGCAUGUGCUUCGUGGAUCCCGUGCGGCAGUGCUCGGCCUGCGCGCUGGUGUCUCGCAAGGAGGCGGAGUUCUUCGACAAGCAGCUCCGGGUGCUGCUGAGCGGAGCCACCUUCCUUGUAACUUUCGGAAACUCAGAGAAAUCGGAAACAAUGGUUUGUCGUCUUUCCAACAACCAGAGAUACCUGCUUCUGGAUGGGGACAGCCACCACGAGAUUGAAGUCGCACACAUUUCGACCGUGCAGAUUCUCACGGAAGGCUUCCCCGCUGGAGAAAAAGACAUUCACACUUACACCAGCCUCCUGGGAAGCCAGCCCACCUGUGAAGGAGGCAAUGCACGGGCGACAGGCAUGUCCCUGCAGUACUCAAUUCCAGGGUCAGAGGGCAUGACCCAGCUGAAGCUGACUGCAGGAGAAGAUGCAAAUGGCAGCAGGCGGCCGUCCACCGUGUGGCUGGUGGCCAUGCACAAGGCUGCCAAGCUCCUCUGCGAAUCUCGGGACCAGUAACUGCACGUGGGCCGGCCUAUGUGCUCAGAACAGAGAGCCCGCCGUCUGCGCUCACGCUGACCCCAGUGUGCUAGGAGGGCAGCUGGAGACCUGGGGGGAACAGCGCUCACUUCCCUAGUGCAAUACGACACUGCCAGCAGCUUCCCGCUUUAGAGCCUGUUUUCUUGAUGAUACUUAAGCGGGGUGGGAGAGACCCAGCUACACUACUGCUGAACUGUUUUUAACAAUCUAUACCAUGUUUUUAUGAGUCCAGGUUUACUAGAAGGUUCUGGUCCCUCGAUACUCAUUUUAUUAAUUCUCUCACAGGGAGGAUCGGGGCUGUGGGAACUCGGGCCAGCUUUGCCCUGGAACCUGCCGAGCCCGGUCCAAAGAUUCAUUUACCACACACUAAUAAUGAGGGGCUACGCACAAACCUUUCAUACUUCACUAUGGGGAAGGAGCCAGCUUUGUGUUUCGUACUUUUCACUUACUA